GAUUAUUAAUAAAAAUGGCCGCCCGUUGCUAAAAUUGAGCACGCUUGUUGUUCGAAUAAAUUUUUAUCAAUUCUGUAAAGUUCCAUCAGUUUACACGGUGAAAAUGCGUCGUAAAAGUGAGCGUACCGCAAGUAAGAAGACGAAAUCUCCUGAAAAGAAAAUAGAGAAGGUAAAGCGGACUCGAACUCGUCGCCGAAAACAGUCUACUUCAUCUGACAACGAAUCUGCUGAUGAAACAACUCCGGUUCAAGUAGUGGAAACUGUCACUGAAGUAGAAAAAAAGCCGCCAGGAACGCCCGCCAAAGAAGAUAGUCCCGGGGAAGCGCAUGACCAGGUAUGGCAAGUGAAGGCUGCUGAGGGUGGUGAUGUCGGGGAGAUACAAAAGUUGAAAAUCUGCUUGACUCGCCCACCCUCCACGCCAGAGAGGGUCGAUCGGUCCCCUCGUAGUAAAAGGAAGCAUUCCCGCGCUACGAGUUCUAGUGAUACUCCUAGUAAUGAAGGCGUCGAAGAGAGGAAGAAGAGUAAACAUCGAUCUAAAAGAUCUACGCGCGAAUCAAAGGACGAUUCUGAGAAAAACCAUGACAGUCAAGAAGAAGCCGAUGUUGAUGCGGAUUCCCAAAAUGUUAAAGAUAAAUCUGACUGUGAAAUAUCUCAAAGUUCUGACAAAAAGUCUGUUACAACCUCAGAUGAUACUCCUAUGUCGACUACUAAUGAAGAAUCGAAAGUAAGUGGUAAUGUCGAAGAAUCAUCUGACAAACAGGAGUCUCAAAAUAAAAUGGAAGUAGAAGUUGAGGUCAGUAAGCCAUCUGAUGCUGAUACAACUGUUGCUUCUCCUAAGGUUGAAACCACGGUUGAAACUACAGUUGUGUCAUCAGAUACAGUAGAAAUGCACAAGUCAGAAGAGCGAGAAAAUGAAGAAUCAAAUAAAGAUUUAUCCGAGGAUAAGUCCGAGGUUCUAGAACUGCAUGCUGAAGACAGGUGCGAAUCCUCAGACACUGAAUUAAAUAAAUCUCAGACAAAGGAUACGUCGGAAGCAGUGGUACCAGAAGAAAAGGACCAGGCAAAGGAAGCCAGCAAGGAUGAGGUAAGUAAUACUGAAGAUAAAACUGACAAGUCUAAGAAAACAGUGUGUGAUUCCAAUGAAAAUAAAUCAUCUGAUGAAACUCAUGUUGUAGAGAGUUCUGAAAAAACUGUUGAGGUAAGAAAAUUAUCAGUUGAAUCCAGUAAAGAAGAGAAGAGAGAAGUGGAAGAGUCACAUGACACAAGCAAAGAUAUGGAGACCUCCAUAUCCAAUAUUUCCAGUCAAGAGGAGAAUGUCCAGAAUGGUUCAACGACAUCAAUAGUCAUCAGCAGGAAAAGGAGAUGGGGGUCUCGCCCUACCAAAAUCACUAAGCAAAAGUCUAUUACUAUUUCUACUGACAUUCUAAAAGAAAUAAUACCUGAUGUGAAGCCUGUUGAAUUUGAAGAAGUGAUAAAAGAGAAAAAACCUGAAAGGGAAGUUACAGAGAAAAUAGAGAGACCUAUAUUGCCAAAAAUUAUUAUAGAUAACACAGAACAUGUUGAGCAGCACAAAAAAGUGAAUGAAGAUAAAGAUAGAGAUGUAAUGAAACCUAGAGAAUCACAUCUUUCCUCGAAUAGGAAAAUAUCUAUAGUUAAGGAGAGUGAUAGUAUUAUUGCAAGACCACCGAGCCCACCUAGAUAUAAGCAGUCGUGCAUUUUGUUCAUAACAAAUCUAGUGAGGCCAUUCACAUUGCCUCAGUUAAAAAAUUUGCUGCAAAGGACAGGAAGAAUUGUUGAGGACGGUUUCUGGAUAGAUAGAAUAAAGUCUAAAUGCUACGUGAAAUAUGAAACUGAAGAUCAAGCUGUUGAAACAAGGCAUGCUUUGCAUGGAGUCACAUGGCCUGUGUCAAAUCCAAAGACCUUACAAGUGGAUUUCUCCACCGAUGAAGCUUUUGACAAGGCCAAGCUGAACGAAGAUGCAGAUAAUGCUCAGGUUUCAACCAUUCCUGGCACAGUCGAAGACUGGCUUCGUGAACAAGACAUGAAGAGAGAAAGAGGGGAAAUGGAGAAACCAUAUGAAAGGAAAGCAGUGAUGCGCGAGUGGGAUGUUGGUAAAAACGAAAAGGACAAAGAUAAGGAAAAAAUGCGGAGAUCCGAAGAUCUUGGCACACGGAUGUUAGACAAGCGACGGCACCGUAGUCCCGAACGAAGUCCUGAACCAGCAAGGAAAUUUAAGAAAAAAGAAGAGGAAGCACCCGCAAAGUUGCUAGAUGAUCUAUUUAGAAAAACAAAGACCACACCAUGCAUAUACUGGUUGCCCCUAUCUGCUGAAACGAUCGCAGUAAAGGAGGAACAGCGGCGGCAGCAUAUGGCGGAGCACGAGCGCCGCCUGCAGGAGUUGCGCCGCACCCACCGCCGCCACUAUCACUUGAUCGGAGACGUUGUCGGGACUCCGCUUUGGGUGUGCGCUGACCUGUCUUGCUGCGAGGCCACGGAAGUCCGUUUGAACACAGCGCGACAUGUCUCCAAGACCCUGCAAGUGAGGAGCCCUUGGUAUGUGUGGGCGUUGCUGGUGGCCACAGCUCUGGCCCAGGAGCCAUUCACGCUAAGCGAGUUCCUUGGUGGUCAGUUCGCGCAGAGGGGUUUUGGCGCCACCUGGAUUUCAGACACUGAGUUCACGUUCACGGUGGCAGGUGAGCCUGGAAUACACAUUUUUGAUGUCCCCACCCUCAACAGAAGCGUUCUUGUGCCUGGAGAGCUUAUGGAAUUCCUGAAUACCACUAACCCAGUGUUAUCAGCUGAUAGGCAGUACAUUCUAGCAUCUAGUGAAGUAGAACAGGUGUAUCGUUAUUCUACAACCGCCAAAUACACUUUGUACGAGAUUCUAACUGGAGCGGUAACAACCAUUGCGAACGGGCAGCGUUUGCAGCUGUGUAUCUUCGGCGGUGGCCACUCCCUCGCUUAUGUGCUGGACAACAACCUUUACUACUUGCCAGAGAACAGCGUCGAGCCUAUACAGAUCACAUCCGAUGGGAUUCCCGGCAUCAUAUACAAUGGACAUACGGACUGGGUGUAUGAAGAGGAUGUCAUGUACACCGGUCAAGCCACGUGGUUCUCUACCGACGGCUCGUAUCUGGCGUUUGCGAGCUUCAACGACACUCUUGUGGAAUCCUACUCAUACUACUACUAUGAGGAAAAGUCAGAUCCUGAUGACGUUUACCCUGAACUGGUCGAUCUCAAAUACCCUAAGGUCGGCCGCACGAACCCAACCGUCCAACUUCGCGUGGUCAAUCUGACUAGUUUGGUCCAAGGUCAAGACAUAGACUUUCUGGUUCUGGAGGCGCCUGAGAUCGUUACCGACGACCACAUUUUGGGAGGCGUGGUCUGGGCUCGGGAUAACGAGAUAGCAGCUCACUGGCUUAACAGGAGGCAGAACCAAACUGUACUAAGGAUUUGCAACUUGGAACUUGGAACUGAUGUUUGUGAAGAGGAGCACCGUUCACAACCGAACGGUUGGGUGCCAAUCGCAUUGCCGCGUUUCAGCAGCGACGGUUCUUUCUACGUGUCCACGCGCUGGUCGAUGCCCCAAGCUGACGGGUACAUCUGGCAACACUUGUACAUGAGUGUAAGGGUGAAUGGCGAGAUCAUCUCCAGUUCUAUCAGUCCAGGACUGUCUACUGUGAACAAUUAUGUGGGCAUGGACGAGACUAAUGUUGCUUACUACUUCACUCGUACGGUAGAGGGCGCCCCUUGGCGCUCGCAGGUGCGUCGACUUGGCGCCGGCGCGGAAGCCUGCAUCAGCUGUGAUAUUGUAAUGCCAGACGGCGGAGUGUGUACCUGGGCCACUGCUACAGCUAGUUUGGGUGGCACUUACCUGAGUAUCACAUGCUCGUCGUCCAACGAACCUUCCGCGACUUACAUCGUGAGAGCUCUGACCAGUGAGAUCCUCUACCAGUGGGAAGACAACGCAAUCGUCAGGGAGCGUCUGCAGAACAAGUUGCGGCCUGUAAGCAUCAUCACGACAGUGCCCCUCGAGAAUGGACACCCGGCGCCUGUCAGGCUCCACCUUCCUCCGGGCAUUGACCUCAACGACACCACUACUAAGUACCCGCUGGUGUAUUACGUGUACUCUGGGCCUAACACCAAUACGGUGUUUGAUACGUUUACUGUUGGCUACCAUUCCAUCGUGGCAACUAACCACGACACAAUCUACCUGUUGGCCGACGGUCGAGGCGCUGGUCUCAACGGCCAAGACAUUUUGUACUCUCUCAACAACGCCCUGGGAACGGUUGAAAUUGAAGACCACUUUGUCAUUUUGAAGCAAGUACUGGAAAGGUACGAGUUCAUCGACCCCUCGAGGGUAGCCAUCUGGGGCCACAGUUAUGGAGGCUACGCCACGCUGCUGACGCUUCUCCACGACGAUGAGCAUAUGUUCCAGUGUGGCGUCUCAGGCGCGCCUGUCACCUCCUGGUUGUACUACAAUACCAUGUAUACCGAGCGCUACAUGGGCCUGCCGACCGAAGAAGACAACUUGUCGGGCUACCAAGCCGGUGACGUCACUCUCCUCGCCGAGAAGCUACGCGGCCAUGACUUCUACAUCAUGCACGGGAACGCUGACGACAAUGUGCAUUAUCAAAACGCAGUCAAGCUGUACAGAGCGCUGCAAGAGCUGGAAAUUCCAUUUGAACAGAUGUCUUACCCCGACGAAGCCCACAGUUUGGUGGGCGUCAACAUGCAUCGCUACAACACCAUGAACCGUUACUUCCAGAGGUGCAUAGGUAUGCCCGCAGCUAAGGUUUAAUUUUGAGUAAACACCAAAGACAAUUUAAUUAAAAUACACAAAAUUAAAUACGUAAAUUGGUACUUUUAUUGAUAAGAUGUAAUAUAAUAGUUUGCAUUCGGUGUAGAAACAGUUAGUUAGAUGGUCUUACGCGAAGCCGGUUGAAUCGCAAAUAAAUAUACUAAAGUUCAAUGAAAAACAAUAUUUCUAACAAUCUGUAGUAAAUAAUGUUUGGUAUUGUUACUUCGAUCUUGUAAUUGUAAAGUUACUAUUUUUAUAUUCACCAAUAAAACGUUUUAUAUAAAUUAAA